UGCCGUUAGUGUUGUUGCUGAGAGAAUGGUAUAAUGUGCUACAGCGUGUUACAACAAUUGUGUCAGAUACCAUUUUAUUGACGACCUCUUUAAUUAAUUUAUAUUUAUCCUAAAUUAUAAUUUAUUUUACCAAAAAAUAAAUCAUAACAAAGGUAAAUAAAUCGUUAGUGAUAUAACUCGUGUAGCCACAAUCUGGCAACUGUUCUAGUGUUUACGGAUGCUCCACUCGUUACGAUUUCAUUUCUUCAACAUCGUUGAGUCACCAGGGCCAGGAAGAAAUAGUGUGGAAGGUGCUAAAGUUUGGUGCUAUUCUUGAUUAUAUUGUUUAAGUUGAAAAAUAGAAAAAAAAAUUCAAAAUGCCUUGCUCAGCGGUGACAUUGUCCCUGGCGACUAUAACCGGCAUCAUUGCUACAGCUCUUCUUUCAAUUGCCUUUUCCACGGAUAACUGGCUCUACACUGAGGUCAAACGUGCCCAAAUACAACAAUAUACUUCAAAGAAUCCAGAACAAAGUGACUUGAUAGAGAAAAUGAACACAAAAUAUUAUUAUUAUACAAGGACUCAGGGACUAUUCAGGAUAUGUUACCCUAAAGAACGUCCACCAACUGUUGUGACUUAUCUCAGUCCGGUGGAAACGCAUUGUAUGAACAUCGAUUACUUCAUCCCAGAUGAGGACAAUGAAACAAGAGGAUUUUCUGAAGACGCCAUGGCACGACUUCAUAUGGGAAGAUCAAUGAUAGCACUCUUCAUGGUUGGUUUUUUAGCCAUUUUCUCAGCAUUUUGGACAGGAGUCGUAGGAUGUUGGAGAAGAUCACCAGGCAAUAUCACUGCUACAGCCAUUCUUAUGCUUUUUGCCUGUCUGUUGAGUGCUGGUGGAAUGGGACUUUGGCAUGGAGUCGAAUAUUAUGAAAAGGAAAAAAUCGUAGGCGAAGAAUAUUAUCAACAAUGGAGCAAUAUCCUCAAGGAAAGCUCGCUAAUCUCGUACGACUGGUCGUACGUGGUCGCUUGGGUCGGCGUCGGUUGGUCGCUCGUCAGCGCUAUACUAUUUAGCGCUGCUGCGAUUUGCUUGAGGGGCGAGAGAAUGCGCGACGAGGCGAUGAACAUGCAGUACCUCAUGCCUGUGUAUCCUCAGAAACAGCAGUACGCUUAUGCCGGAUAUCCUGCUCCUGCAGCCUAUCCAGGACCUUAUUAUCAUGGCUCUCAAUAUGGACCGUAUAACUAUUGAAGGAAGACUGUACAAUAAACUAAUAAUCAAUUAAUUGACAAGAAACUGAUCAUAUUCAAUCAACAUCAACAUUCAAAAUAGUUAAUAAAAUUAAUUGUUUGAACGCGAAUGUCAUUUUAUUUGCAAUAAAUAAUAAAAUACAUCGUAGUAUUCUACCGCAAUCAAACAGUUAAUGAAGAAAUAAAAUAACUUUUCUAUAUUAAUUUUUUGUUAUCCAUUCCAAUGUGUAAACUUUUAAGCAAUACUGUCGACUAGAAUAGUUAUUAAUGAUUAUUUAGAUUUUAGUAUAAAUAAUAUUGUUAAGAAUGGAUGGAAUGAAUGUAAAAAAAAAGACGUGUAUUUAAUCGAAAAAUAGAAUCAAUUUGUAUUUUUAUGAUGAAUUACAUGUAAAAUUUUUUAUUUGACAUGAAAGAUGAAAGAGUCAAAGUUUAUGUAAUAAUUUGUGAAUCUAAUGUUGCUCAAAUUUGAUACUUUGAUUCUCUUAAAGACGAUUACUAUAAUAUUUUGAAUUAGUUAUAUUAGAAGACAACUAUCUUAUAUUGUAUUAACCAUUUUUUAAUGUGUAAAUCAAUGUCAUUGAUACUUAGAGGCACAGAAAAAAUGCAUAGAAAAUAACAUGACUAAGUACUGUGCUCAUAAGAAGAAUUUGUUUUUAGAGAAAUAAUUUUUAAAUCAAGAGAUCAUUGUGUAGUGCAAUACUGGGCCAUGUUGUUUUUAAUGUACUGACAAAUUUCAAAAAGAACAAUUAUAUAUGUGUAAUAAUUUUACUCACGUAUUGAUACUUUUGUAGUGUCAUUAUCGGCUAUCUAGUAAUAACAUUGGAGGUUCAAUUCUCUUCGAACUUAAUUAAUUUGGUAUUUGAUAGACAUAAGUAAGUCGUAAAUUGUAGAUAUAAAAUAAAUUAAGACUUAUUACGUAAGAAAUAUAUAAUACUUAACUUGAAAAAAA